AUGCAGUACGUCAGAAGUAUUAGCGGCUCCGUCUCAAAGACCUGGAACUCGAUCAACCCAGCCACCUUGAGCGGAGCCAUCGAUGUGAUUGUCAUCGAGCAAGAAGAUGGCACCCUUGCGUGUUCACCGUUCCACGUCCGAUUCGGCAAGUUCUCGUUACUCCGACCAUACGAAAAGAAGGUGGAAUUCAAAGUCAAUGAUGUCAAACAAGACUAUGCAAUGAAGCUGGGGGAGGGUGGGGAGGCCUUCUUUGUGUUUGAGACGUCGGAAGAAAUUCCCGCCUCAAUGCAGACAUCGCCUCUGAUAUCGCCAAUCCCGAGUCCGAAGAUGGGCAGCGAAGAAAGCUUGCCCUCACUGCAAGAACCGGAAUACUUGGACCUCGACCAGUCGAAAGAAGCAGUUCACCCCCCGCUUGUAUCUAGGGGGGGUCGGGCGACCAGUGAUUUGGGUCUGGUGACUCCUCUGUCGCAGUCCCCGGAUGAGUCUACUUUGGACAGGUCUCCUCGAAGUUCCCUCGGUCCAGAGCCAAAGUUAGAUCGUGCGCUUUCCGAUGGAAUUCUGCCGACUGGAGGAUACUCUUCCGGCCCUGGUGUUUCUGAUCAGGUUUUCCAACUACAGCGACCGGAAUCCGCCGAUUCGGCUGAAGAAGCUGACCACCUCCGACGAUCACAAAGCCCCCCUCCGGUGUCUCUACAAGAGGCUGUUUCACGAGCGAUGUCCCUGUCCCAGAAACUAUCGACGUCGAAUAUUCCCUCCCGCGUUACCGAUACUGGCGAUCUAAUGCUUGAUAUGACGGGUUAUAAGAGUAAUGAAGAGGAUGCUCUCCGUGCAGAGGUUGUUGCGCGCAAAAUUCUUGCCGAGGAACUCGAAGGGAACUACGAUAUCGGGGCCCUCAUUGGAGCGGAUGAGCAUGGCAACCUAUGGAUAUACAGUAGCGAAGAAGCCAAAGAGUCAGCAAACCGCCGAGCGACGAUCAACUCCAUGCGCCCUAGCUCCGCUAUGAGUGAAAAUGCGAUGUCCGACCCUGGCUAUCAUAGCGAUAGCGACAACUCUCUCGGCAACCCAUUCCAUAUACGGCACCACCGUACACAGUCUGAUGUUCAGCCUGGAUUCCCAACGCCACCGCAUUCGCCCCCUCACAUCACCAUGCCGAUGGAACCGGUUCGCAACUAUGCGAAGACAUUACGCCUCACAAGCGACCAGCUCAAGGCGUUGGACCUAAAGCCCGGCAUCAACGACAUGUCUUUUAGCGUCAACAAGGCUACCUGCACUGCUAAUAUGUAUCUCUGGAGCGGAGAUAUUCCUAUUGUCAUUUCGGAUAUCGAUGGAACCAUUACCAAGUCCGAUGCUUUGGGUCAUGUUUUGAAUAUGAUCGGUCGAGACUGGACUCAUGCUGGAGUCGCUAAAUUGUAUACUGAUAUUGUUAGCAAUGGAUACAACAUCAUGUACCUCACCAGUCGAUCCGUUGGGCAAGCAGAUACUACGCGGUCAUACAUCUAUGGUGUUUGUCAAGAUGGAUACCGACUUCCAAAAGGACCUACUAUCAUGAGUCCUGAUCGAACGAUGGCAGCGUUGCGACGUGAGAUCUAUUUAAGGAAGCCCGAAGUCUUCAAAAUGGCCUGCCUAAGAGACAUUCUGGGUCUUUUUAACGGGAAAGAGAACCCGUUUUAUGCAGGAUUUGGCAACAGGCUUACAGACGCUCUCAGUUAUCGGUCCGUGAACAUCCCAUCUAGCAGGAUUUUCACCAUCAACUCGAACGCCGAAGUUCAGUUGGACCUUCUGAGCUUGAACAAGUAUAAGAGCAGUUACGUUUCCAUGCGUGAGCUAGUGGAUCACUUUUUCCCACCCGUCAGCUUGCUGGUCCAAGCCGGUGGUGAAGAAUAUACCGAUUUCACGUAUUGGCGGGAUGUUCCACGAGACCUUGACGAUAUUUCGACGACGGAUAGUGAAGGCGAAAGCCAGGCAGAUGAUGAGGAUGAUGCUGAUGAUGAAGACUACGAUCCUGAACUGAGCGAUGAGGAAGAGCUUGAGGACGACGAAAUUGGAGAGGAGGAUCUUGGCGCAAGCUUCGUUUCUCAGGCCACAGACCCCUACGAGGGCGAGGCGAGCGUCGCUUCAGAUGACGAAGGCGAAAUUGAGGGUGAAAUUGAGGGUGAACUCGAGGGUGAACUCGAGGGCGAAAUUGAAGGCGAAAUUGAAGGCGAUAUUGACGGGGAGAUCGACGGGGAGGUCGAGGAUGAAGAUGAGGAAGAUGAGAAGAACAACGUGGUACCCGAAGUUCCAGUCCGCGGAAAGGAUUCAACUCCAUCCACACCCGGCAGGUGA